UUUCUUUUCUUUCUGUUUUGCUUUGAGAGUAAAUGGGCGCCAAAUUUGACGACAGGCAGAUGGAUGCUGAAAGAUCUGGCAUAUUUCUAGCAUAAUUUGUGUGAUUGGCUAGUCCUACCAUGGCAGAGACUAGAAAAGAUGCUGAACUAAAUCUAGAGGAAGAAAUGUCUGUGGAACACAAUAGUCGAUCAGAGUCCCUGUCAACGGAUGUUGCUGAAACGGGGAACAAUAUGUGUAGUCGAUCAGAGUCCCUAUCAACAGAUGUUGCUGAAAUGGGGAACAAUAUGUGUAGUCGAUCAGAGUCCCUGUCAACUGAUGUUGCCGACACGGAGAACAAUGUGCAGGUGGAGUGGUCCCAGUAUGAAUGUCAAUAUUUAGACUUCACACCAAAGUCACUUAUUAAUGGGGAAUACAAUGUUGUUGUAACCAGUCUGAAGGAAGGAUUCUCAACAGUGGAAGCAUUUAUAAAUGAAGAGUUUGGCUCUGUGAUAUCUCCGGAGCAGACAAAGCGAGGUCUGGAGGCAAUACAGGCACUGGUUGUUGAAAAGUUGGACACCAGAUUUGAUAAACUUGAGUCUUAUCUUCUGAGAAACGUAUUUAGCAUUCCUGGGGAUCUGGUCCUUCCUGAGGAUAGGGUACAGGUGAUGCACCCCAUCACUCCAGAGGAAGACGUCCAACUGGAGGCAGACAUGGAACAGCUCCGCAAACAAAUCACUGCCAUUCGUUAUGCAAAUGAAUAUGCAAAACAACAGAUCACAGAGAUCGAUAACCUACAGAAGCAUGCAGAUGUCACUCAUUCAUACCUUCAAAGGCUGGAGAAUUCUGCUUCUGAUGCUGGAGUUUUGGGAAUGAAGGAUUCUCUGAGUUUUGUGCUGAACAAAAUGGAAGAACUGAUGACUAAUGCGAAUGAAUUACAGGAACAAAAUACUGUGGAUACAGAUUCUCCCACGUGAUCAAGCAACACAGGACUUCAUGUACAUGUAUCAAAUUUUCUGGACUUUAUACAGUAUCAGUAUAACUAAACUGUACCUAUUGUGAUGAAUUUAAGUCUAUUAUACGUGUACAAACUGCAUGUGGUGAAUUGAAAUGGUGUUUUGGAUCAAAUGGACAUGCUUUGACAAAGGUUUUGUUUGCAUGAAAAUCUUGGAACUUUUUGCAUUCAUCUUGGAUAGGGUCAGUUUUUUAUUAUCAUUUGGAUUGGAUUUUUUUGGGGGGGUUAGUCAGUUGGUGGGUUUUUUUUUGGGGGGGGGGGGGGGUGUUAAACAACUGGCACACUUGUUUCAUCAUCUGGAGCAAGCCAGUUGAGACUUUCGAAAUUGGGUAACUUGUUUCAAGUAUAUAUAAGUCGAUGGUCAACUGGAGUAGCCCAGAUUGACUUGAAUAGUCAAUUUUUCAUUCAUUGAAGGAGUUUAAUGUUUUAGUAACUUACAGUGGUAAGGGAACAGGUAGAUUUUGUGGCGUGGUUGUUUUGGUUUGCACAAUGAUACAAUCAACACUGCUCCUCUAUGGAAGUUACAGCUCAGGCUGUAAUUUUUGUGAACAAAAUAUUAGAUUAGGAAACUUUAAUUUAUUUAACUGAUUAUCAAUGAUGAUUUAUAAACAGAUAUGGGGUGCAAUUUAUUAAAUCUGUUUUGUAAAUGUUUGUAAAAUCCAUGAUUUUUGGUUUUAUAUUUUGAUAGAAAUUCGGCUAAAUUUUCACUUGUUUUUGCAAGACAAAAUUGGUUAAAAAAAAAUUAAUGUGAUAAAAGUGAAUCUGGUCGAUGUCUGGAUGCCUGAAACAAGUGCACACGAUAUGCAUGUGUGUCCUCCAUGUAACGUAGUGGUCAUGUUAUUUCUGAGACUGUUAUGUAAAGUGAUAUAUAUUAUUGAAAGCAACCAUUUGAUUUAUGAAAUAGAUUUAAUCCAUAUUACUAAAACUAGCCUUGCAAUUAUUUUUUUAAAACUGAUUGUUUGUUUUGUUUGAUCUACAAUGAAACUUCUCCAAACCGGCCCCUCAGAAAACCGGUUCUCUCUAUAUAUCGGCCGAUUUUCAAAGUCCCGGCAGAAACCUUAACAUUUCCUUUAUACAAAGAAAGUCUCUCAAAACCGGCCACCCCUGAAAACCGGACAUCAGCCACUUUUUAAAGUACAAUUGUUAACAAACAUGUGUGAUUUACCCUUAUAAUACUGGCCACUAUUUGAAGACUAGAAAAUUUUGGCCAGAGGGGUGAUCAAGAAGGGCCAGGUGUAAAAAAUGACUGACCUACUGGCCAGGUGGGAAAUUAUGGACCGGAGGUGUGAAAAACACUAGUGGCCUCUAUAAGUUCUAUAGUUUACCUGUGCUGUCCAGGGUGUUAAUUGGUGCUUGGCUAAUCCAAGUGACCCUUUCAAAUUUCUGUAGGAAAUGUUAUAAACAGAUAUGCACAUAUUGAAUGAAUACAAUCAAUACGCUAUAUUGUGUCACCAUGGAUAUAAGCGGUAGUUAAUAAACAACAAACCCAUGACUGUUAAUAAUAAUUUUCAAAAGAUAAAUGAUUUUUGGGGGGUUUCCAUAGACUUAGAAUUCCUAAGAAACAUCAAAAUUAAAAUUAUAUAUUUACUACUGUACUUUUCAAAAACUUCAAAACAAAUUUGUUAACAAUAUAAGCAAUGGACAUAAACAGAGUUUUUAUAGGUAAGAGGAAUUCCAAUAAUAGGCCUCUGUGUUUUCUUUAUGUAUCCUGUUAUAAAGUUUUAGUUAAAAUCAGAUGAUUGCAGCAAGACUAUUUCUCCUAAUAAUUACCUGUAGGUACAAGAGGACUAGUUUGAUCUCCAUGGAUAAUUGAUCAUAGAUCCCCAUAUCAAAGUGAGCAGUACCUACACUGUGUAUUAAUUGCAGCAAUCAAGUGGUUAUCUGUUUGUUUUGUUUAUUAAAACAUAAGCUGAAAUUCUACAUAAAUGCUGCUAGUCUACAGAUUUCUAUACCUAUAUAUAAUGCAGUUUUAUUUAAACUGAAUUUUUUCCAUUAUUUAUGCAUGUCAAUGUAAAAAUGUUUAUUCAUGUUUAAUUAGUUUUAGUGCUAUAAAUUGAAAAAUAAACAUGUUAGUAAAUUAUUUUGUUUAAUUUCCAAUAGGGAAAUAAUAGUCCUUGAACACCAUAUUAUAUGGUUUAUGGUAUGUCAAUGAAAUAUCUAAUAAAAAUUGAGCUGAAAUGUCUCUAAAUGCUAAAUUCUCGGUAUACCGGCCACCCCUCUAAACCGGCCUUUUUUUUUUUUCGGUCCGACAGCUGGCCGGUUUAGUGAAGUUUCACUGUAUUUCUAACUUCAGGGAGAUUUUGAAAGAGUUAUGGCCCAUAUCACAGUUGUUGUAAAUCAUUAAUGCUAAUUAACUAUUCUAGUUCAGUGAUUUUUUAAGACCCAUUUUGGGUCCAAAUUUCGGCCCUUUCCCCUCCUAAAAAUUGUAAUUUUCUCUCAAUUUAGCUUGCAUUUUCCCCAAUGAUAAAAUUCUGAAAGAAAAACGUAUUUGAAAAAAAUGAACAUUCGAUGUGAAUUAUGUACAUAUGACUUAAACAUAGAGUUAUGGGAAUGAUGAUUUGGAUAGAAUAGUUGAAAAUUUUAGAAGGUUAAAGAAAAUUAGAUGUGUAAAAAUAAAGAUAAUUUAAUGCUUGAUAUGAUUUUAAAACUUAUUUAUGAUAAAAUUGAUUUUUCCCAAUUUGACUGAAAUGUCGGGGGAAAAAAAUCCCAAUUUGAAAGCCACAGGACCCUUGUAAAAAAUGUAGAAAAAUCACUGUAGUCUCAUUGUUUUGCUUUCAGUAGUAAUGUUUGCAAAUCACACUAUCUUUAAUGAAGUGAAAGAUGGAGAGGGUGUGUGUGUGGAUUUUAAUUAUUUAGUCUAGGUUUUCCUAGGAUACAGUGGAGCCUCGGUAAUCCGGACGCCAUUAAUCCGGACGCUUCACCUUCCGGACGAUUUUUCUAAGGAACGGAAUUUUUAUACGUUAUUUUGCAUCAUUAAUCCGGAAAUUCGCGUUCCGGAUCCGGACGGUCACUUUUUACUACAAAACGUUAGAAUGCAUUGAAAAUUGUACCGUUAAUCCGGACGGUAAUUUUGUUUAGGGAAGCUAUUUUAGCAAGGCGUAAAUUAUAAAGAAAACAAGCCAAACUGUCUAAUUGAAGCGAUUACCUGUACCCUGUCAACACCUCCCUCCAAUUAGGUGGUGUGUGAUGAUAAGUCUGUUAGAUAGCACGUGCCGAUCGAGACAUUGUAUUGCCAAUUUUCGCACAUAAUAUCUUUAUUGCGUGUAGGGUUGAAUUUUGUAAAUAAAUCUGUAGCAUAUUAUUUUAUAGUCUUGAUCAAUACCCUAAUAGUAUUAAUAAAUUAAACAUCAUGCCGUAAUGAUAAUUUUUUAACUGCAACACAUAUCAGUUGUACUGAUUCGUAAAUUGAUAUCGGCUUAUUCACAUCCAAAGAGUGUAGAUUAUACUUCUAGAUUCUGGAUUUUAUUCUGUUGAUUGGCGUGAAAUAUGUGUAUGUUCAUGCACAUGUAUAUGUAGUAUAAUUUUUUAACGUUUAGAAUGUCACGCAUGUAGAAUGUACCUGUGUACGAUUGAUUCUUGUUACGAUGUUGUAGAGCUUUAUUGCUUUCGAAUUUUUAAACUCUGGGUAGAAGUGAGAAAAUUACCAUUUUAAGGAAAAUGACAAUUAAAUUCUGUAUGUACCUGUAAUGUUAGUUUCACCCGAGUUUUGUUCCGUUAUUAUCGCAUCAUGAAAAUAAUAGGUGCGCGUGGCUAGAUCAAAGCAGUAGUAGGUCUUGAUAUUACGAGCUUAAAUGAUUUUGUUCUCCCGAUAUUGUCUUGGAUGAUUAUAGAAUAAGAAAUAUAAACUCUGGCAGAUUGAGUUUUGGUUAAAGAAUGUUGUCAACUGACAUGAUAAUCACGAAAUUCUUAUACCAACUUUGGACGAUGAAGAUUGUUAAGAAGUAAAAGUGUGAUGAAAUGUUUGAAGUGUAAAUGAUUAUGUUAGUUACUAAUGAUAUAUUUACUUAUAGUUACAUAAAGUGCUUCAUUAUUUGUUUUAGUGCAGACGGUACACAGUUUUGUAUAUUUAUUUGUAGGGAUCAUAUGUAUGUACAAUGUAAGCACAGACAAAUACACUGAACACGUACAUUAAAUUUUAGUGCUUUGAAAUACAUGUAAAUGUUACAUUAUCAUAAUUUAUUUACUAAUGCAAAUGGUUAAAUCCAAUGAUAGAAUGUGUUUAAUUCACUAUGCAUCAAUAAAGUAGGCACAUAUUGGUUACUUAUGUAAUGCUAGAAAAUAUGCGAUUCAAUUAUCCGGACGCUUCAUUUAUCCGGACGAUUUUGCUGGGAACCAAAGUGUCCGGAUUAACGAGGCUCCACUGUAUAUGUAAUAAAAGAAAGCCAAGAUUAAAAGAAAGAUUUUUUUGAAAAGAUGUGGCUUCGUGGCAUGCAUAAAAAAAUCUGCAAAUUUUUCUGUUCUAUCAGAAGUCGAUAGAUUCUCACUACACUUUGAUCAGUGAAACGCAUUGUUUAGUAUUGGCAAAGACUAGAGCACUUGGAUAAAGAUCAGAGUGGAUUCCCUUUACUAUGAAAUGUAUACAAACAUUCUAAAAGGUUGCAUACUGAUGAUAAAUCCUCAGAAAUAAAGGGAGGCUUUAAUGAUAGGGUUAGCAGAUAUUACUGAUGUACAGUACAUGUACUAGUAUGUAUUCAAUGCAGAAUAAUAUCUACUCUUCCUAUUUGCCCAUAGUUUUUACACAUCUGCAUCUCUGAAAUAUGAUCUAUGAUUAAGUGUAACAUUUCUUUCGCUGAAAAGAUAUACAGAAAUUCAUACCUUUUGCUGCCUCAAGAGGAUUUGAUAAUUGUACAAAUAAAACUUAUCUUUGUAAAGAAUCUCUGCUUAUUUGUCAGUUGCAGCUGAUAAAUGGGGGAGGGGGGGGGGGGCUGUUGUGAGUUGUGAUCCAAAAAUAGGUCACUGGCCUCCUUUUAAAAUUGUAUGGCUAUACAUAGAUAUGUGUCAUGUACAUAGAGUUCCAGUCAGGUACAUUAUGUACCUCAGUGGUCCAUUCAUUUAGCAUAUUAUUUCUUGGUAAGGUAUUUAAAAAAUUCUGAGAAAUGUCACUACUCUAAAACAGCUAAACCACAAGAGCCUUGUUAUACAUAUAUGAUAUAACUUUUGUUGUGCUAAUGAGAUACUCCGAAUAGAUCUAUUUCUAAACUUUUCGAAAGUUUGUUAUUUUCCAAAAUUCUGAUUGCAUGAUUCCAUAAUAGGAUGACCAAGUGAGUUUAUGUGAGAUAAAACACUAAAUGUUUUGAUGAUUAUUUAAUAAUAUACUGGUACUUCAACAAAAUAAACAGGUACUAAUUCAGUUACACAACAGUUGAAGUUACACAACAGAUCAGUGAGAAAAAAAUUAACUCAUGUGUCACAAACCAAAAGUAGGAGUACAAAGGGAAAUUCCCUAUUUAAAAAAAUUGAUUGCUUGGAUCAAUUUGUAUUUUAAUUCCACUUGUUAAAGAGUCUUACAUGAAGAAAUAAAGUAGACAUCAAUUAACAAGUAAUAGAACAUAUGUAUCCACAUGGCAGUUUUGGGGUUCUGAAUAUAUGUCUCUGCUGUGGUCUACAUAUAGUUCUAACACUUGUGUACAUGUAUGCUGAGGUAUUGUCAAGGUCUUCAUGAAUUUGCAUUAGGUUAAAAUAUGAGAGUGGAUUGUAUGAGCUAGGUCUAAAACUUUAAUAUGUAUUGAUCAUGAUGUGAUAUAUGAAUGCAUAUAGAAUAAAGGCACAUGAAAGAAA